AUGGGGCUGGAAGAGGAUCUGGCGAUUUCGCCGGCUGUAUCGACCGCCAUCGGCGGGUUAGCAGGCGUCAUAGAGGUGCUGCUGCAGCAACCGCUGGUCACGUGGAAGAACGCCGUCCAGGACAUGAGACCCGUCCCGCUGCACCCCAGAUUGCUCUAUCGCGGGGUGGCCGUGAACGCCGCGUCCAUUGCGCCGAUUAACGGAUUCCAGUUCGGUGCCAACACCUUUCUAGAAGAGUGGUUAGCAGCGAGGGGUCAGUUGAAUGACACGACGCGGACGGGAGCGGCGACGGCGGCGGGUGCUAUGUCGGGGAUAAUAACGGGUCCAGCGGAGCUGCUGAUGAUCCAGCAGCAGAAGUGGGGAGGAUCGCUUGGUGCGAGACUACGGGAUGUUGUCGGAGAGCACGGUGUCCUCGCCCUCGCUAGAGGAACGAAUCCCGCAGUGGUGAGAGAAGCGAUCUUCACAGGGGCGUACCUGGGAGUGAUUCCUGUGAUGACGGAGCACAUGGAAAAGGCAUGGCCGGUUUUCGCGGAGAGGCCCGUCGCGGCAAUGGCGACGGCGUCGGUGCUGGCGGGGGUUGGAGCGGCUGUGCUCACGCAGCCCUUCGACACUGUCAAAACACGCAUGCAGGCCAAUCUCGCAGAUCCUAAUUUCAGGUCCAUGACUGGCACAUUUGCACGCAUGUGGAUAGAAGGAGGCAGCAAGACCCUGUUCAGAGGCCUCAUUCCGCGAGCUCAACGGGUGACAUUCGCCGUCUUUAUUCUCAGCGAGGCCAAGGAGAGGCUCACCGAGUUGUAUCUCAAGCUCCAUCCGCAUCCAGCAGCCCAGAGUCAUGCCAGUGAUGCCAGCAGCAGCAUGUCGCUUAGCCACGUGGAUGCCAGGCGGGGGGCAGGCCACCUAGAUGCUGCUGCAGUUGCUUACAGAGCGGCAGCUUGUGAGUCUGCGACGGAGGUGUAA